GCGUCAGGUCAGAGGUGGAAGGUCAAAGGGCACGGGUGCCGCAAACAUGGCCCGGCUGCCUACACGGCGCGCUCUGCUCGCGGCUGUCCUCGGCGUCUCCUGGCAGCAGCGACUUCUCGGUCACCAUGGUGUCGCGGCUGCAUGGAGACGCCGGUGUUUCAGUGCCGGAAGCAAAGCAGAAGACAGCAGUCGGGUUACUCCAAUGCUAAAGCAUCUCAUGUUCAAAAUAAAGUCAACCGGCCCUAUUACAGUCGCUGAAUAUAUGCGGGAAGUCCUAACUAAUCCUGUGAAGGGUUACUAUAUACACCAUGACAUGCUGGGAGAAAGAGGGGAUUUUGUUACUUCACCUGAAAUAAGUCAAAUCUUUGGGGAGUUAAUAGGAAUAUGGUAUGUUAGUGAAUGGAUGGCCACUGGCAAACCUAAAACUCUCCAACUGGUGGAACUAGGCCCAGGUAGGGGCACUCUUACAGAUGAUAUUUUGCGGGUCUUUAACCAGCUUGGCUCUUUACUCAAUAAAUGUGACAUUUCUAUUCAUCUGGUAGAGGUGAGCCCCAAACUAAGUGAGAUCCAAGCGUUGACGCUGACAGGAGGGAAGAUACAACCAGAGCUUGAUGUUACUUCCCCUGUCUACAUGAAAGGCAUUAGCAAGGCUGGAAUUCCAAUCUUCUGGUACCGAGAGCUGCAAGAUGUACCACAAGGUACCAGCUUUUAUUUAGCACAUGAAUUUUUUGAUGCCUUGCCAAUACAUAAAUUUCAGAGAACAGAGAGAGGAUGGCGUGAAGUGUUGAUUGAUAUAGAUCCAGAAGCUCCUGACCAACUGCGGUUUGUUCUGGCACCAUCUGCCACACCUGCUACAGAAAACUUCAUACAGAGUAAAGAAGUAAGAGAUCACGUGGAAGUAUGUCCUGAUGCUGGCAUCCUCAUUCAGAGACUUGCCUGUCGUAUUCAAGAGGAUGGGGGAGCUGCACUGAUUGCUGAUUAUGGUCACAAUGGAAAUAAGACUGACACUUUCAGGAGUUUCCGCAGUCAUGAACUUCAUGAUGCAUUAAUAGCUCCAGGUACAGCAGACCUGACAGCAGAUGUUGACUUCAGCUAUCUCCGAAUCAUGACACAGGGAAGAGUAGCCACCUUGGGACCGCUAAAGCAACAUGAAUUCUUAAAGAAUAUGGGCAUUGAUGUCCGGCUGCAGGUGCUAUUGCAAAAUUCAAGUGACAAAGCAAUGCACAAACACUUGCUUCAAGGCUAUGAUAUGUUAAUGAAUCCUAAGAAAAUGGGGGACCGCUUUCAUUUUUUUGCCCUGCUGCCUCAUCAGAGAUUUGCACAUUCUGAUCAGAAAGUGGAUCUACGACACUCAAAAGCUCUUUCCGCAACUGUUGCUGGAUUUGGUGAACUUGUCUGGAAGUAAAGCCAAAGAUUAGACACUGUAUUAUUGAUGGGAGCCUGCCAGCAGCUAUUAAAGUCACAGUAAAGGAAAUGAAGUCUAUGCAUUUGAUAGUUUUACAUAUUCAAGAAAAUAAACUUUUCUUGUAAUGGAUCACUUGUCUGUAUGCAACCAGGAUAUGCACCGUCUUUGUGCUGAUGUACAAGCAUAGGAAAUGUACCAUUGUUCUGGCCUGCUGCUUCCCCAGACCGCUUCUUUGUGCCUCCAUCUUAGGUACAUACCUGUGGUUUCCUUGGAACCUGAGGCAGCAUUGAAGGCUGAAAGAUUUCUCCCCAGAUUCUCAGUAAUUUCCUUGGUUACACCCCUCCUAACUUCAGCCCUCCAUUACACCUCAAACAGGCUGCAGUGAUGCCCACAACAGAUAAAUCUAUAUAAUUAACUGGGCUACUGUAAUUGACUAGAAUGACAUGUGUAUAA